UUUCCGCGCGAUAUCGCUUCGUGUAGAGUUCCCCGCCAAAAAAACAGCAACAACCGUGAAGAUGGCAGGAAUACUGGACGUGCCCAAGCCGAGGAUCAACGUGUCCAUGCUGUCGCAGCACGUCAGCAGACCUGUCUGCUUCGUGGGCCGGGUGGAGAAAGUACACCCGACGGGAAAGACGUUCACGGUGGCGGAUGGAGAAGGAAAGGUCGCCACGGUUGAACUGAACGAGCCUCUUGAAGAAGAGCUGAGCGGCGUCGUGGAGAUCAUCGGCAUGGUGUCGAACAAAGGAGCCAUAAUGGCCUCCACGUACAACAUGCUGCGAGAGGACAAGGGCAUUCCUUUUGAUUUAGAGCUGUAUAACGAAGCCCUCAAGGUCGUCCAUGAUUUCCCCCAGCACUACCCGUUUGAAGUGGCAGCGAGUGGAUAAAGCUCCCCUCCUGUUUGUUUGUUUGUUUGUUUGUUUGUUUGUUUGUUUCAUGUGUUGUUGUUUUUUGUUGUUGCUG